CUUUUGAAACAAAAAAACUGAGACAUAUGAUUAAAAGUGGAUCAAAUUUCCACUACCGGAGCUACCACUCAGUGACUUCUGAUGUCUGGUGUAGAGCUCGACGAUGUACACUUCUUUGACCCGGUUAAUGAAAGUGGGUCCAAGUAGAGACAAGUGGUGAAAAACCAACACCCCGCAGCGUGUUUUCAACGGUUGGGAUUGGAAAGUACAUAUUCAUAUCCGGUGGGGAAGUGGAUCCUAGUGACUUGGGCCACCUUGGCGCUGGGAAAUUUUCGGAUGAUCUCUAUGCACUCGACACUGAGACACUAGUGUGGCAGAAAUGGGAUGAUAGCUCAAACUCCGGCGAUAAUCAUCCAGGACCACGUGGAUGGUGUGCAUAUGCUCCUGGGAAACGAGAUGAACAACCUGGAUUGUUGGUGUAUGGUGGCAAUUCGCCUAGCAACGAUAGGCUCGGUGACAUUUUCUUUUUCACUCCUAGUUCAUUCCUUGCAUGAGUGGAAAUGGAAAAUGAUCAUUGAUGGGUUUAGCAGGGAACUCUCUGGCUAAAGAACAUGUUGAGACCCAAUUCAAAGAGAAAUACUUUCACUUCUCUAAUACAGAGAACGCUGAGUCUACUCUCAGCAUCAUUGUCAUGGGAGCUUCUGGGGAUCUUGCCCGGAAAAAAAUUUUCCCUGCACUUUUUGCUCUUUUCUAUGAAGACCAUCUACCUGAGAGUUUUACCGUGUUUGGCUAUGGACGGCAUGAGAUGAGUGAUGUGGAGUUGAGGAAUAUGAUUUGCAGAACUUUGACUUGUCGUAUUGACCAACGGGAAAGUUGUCACGUGAAGAUGGAUGAGUUUUUAAAAAGAUGUUUUUACCAUUCAGGUCAGUAUAGUUCUGAGGAGCAUUUCUCAGAAUUGGACAAGAAGCUGAAGGAGAAAGAGGGUCGAAGAUUGUCCGACAGGUUGUUUUACUUGUCGGUCCCUCCAAGUGUAUUUGUGGAUGUUGUGAGAUGUGCUAAACGGUGCACAUCUUCAGAGAAUGGUUGGACAAGGUUCAUUGUCGAAAAACCAUUUGGUCAUGACUCAAAGUCAUCUAGAGAUCUUACCAAAAGUUUAAAGCAAUAUCUAACUGAGGAGCAAAUAUUCAGGAUUGACCAUCAGCUGAGCAAGGAACUUGUAGAGAAUCUGUUGGUUCUCCGCUUCUCUAAUAUUUUUUUCGAGCCUUUGUGGUAUAGGAACUACAUCCGCAAUGUGCAAUUGAUAUUUUCUGAAGAUUUUGGGACAGAGGGACAAGGCAGAUACUUUGACAACUAUGGAAUCAUCCGAGAUAUAAUACAAAAUCAUCUCCUGCAAAUACUAGCACUAUUUGCAAUGGAGACACCUGUCAGUUUAAAUGCGGAGGAUAUUAGGAACGAAAAGGUCAAGGUUUUGCAUUCCAUGAGAACUCUCCGACUGGAAGAUGUAGUUCUAGGUCAAUAUAAGGGCUUCAGUGAUGGCAGUACAUCAUACCCUGCCUAUGCAGAUGACCCAGCAGUGCCAAAUAACAGUCUCACUCCAACUUUUGCAGCUGCAACUUUCUUCAUCAAUAAUGCUCGAUGGGAUGGAGUCCCUUUCCUCUUGGUAGCCGGCAAAGCUCUUCAUUCCCGGCGGGCAGAAAUCAGAGUUCAGUUCAGACAUGUACCUGGGAACUUGUACAAUCGGAAGUUUGGAACUGAUCUAGAUAAGGCGACAAAUGAGCUUGUGCUUCGUGUACAACCUGAUGAAGCUAUAUAUUUGAAGAUCAACAAGAAGGUCCCUGGCCUAGGAAUGAGAUUGGAUUCGAGCGACCUUAAUUUCCUUCAUAGAGCAAGGUAUCCAAGAGAAAUACCGGAUGUAUAUGAGAGGCUGCUCCUCGAUUCUAUAGAAGGAGAGCAGCAUUUGUUCAUUAGAAGCGAUGAGCUUGAUGCUGUUUGGUCAUUGUUUUCACCAUUGUUGAAGGAAUUGGAAGAGAAGAAGGUCGCGCCAGAGCUAUACCCGUGUGGUAGCAGUGGACCGAUUGGACUGCAUUAUCUUGCUGCAAAGCACAAUGUUCAUUACACCGACGAUAAUUGUGAGGGCUAUUGAAAAUCUUCCUCAAAUGUAUGAAACUUUUAUUUUGCCUUGAAAAUUUUAUUUUGCCUACCUUGGAUGCAUAUGUAUUAUGUGUGAUAUUUAGUGGCAUUGUUAAGAUUGACUCAGCUAGUUGUAAUCUGCGCGGAAGAAUUUCACAGAAGUACAGAAUGGGAUACAUGUGGGCCUUACCUUGUCUCUUUUCUGUGAAAUUCUUCUGACUCUGUUCACUCUUGUUGAGUGAAUAGAUUGUUAGUUAUCUUUCUUGUGCGGUGCCAACUGACAGGACAAUUGCUUAACUUCAAGGCCGGUGCAAGAAUCAAAUCCAUUUUUUUUUUCUUUUCUUCA